GCUCUGUCACCAUGCAAGCGCUUCGCCGGGCAGCAGUCUCUACCGCUAGAAGAGGAAGAACCUCUGUAAACUGCCAGGGGCGUCGAUACGCCCAUGACGAACAUGCCCAUGGCCACGCACAUGCAUCCGUAAAUGAAGCAUUCGGGCCAGGCUUUUGGGGUGUUGUAGCUUUGUUCCCAAUCGGAUAUGCUGUAUAUGCUGCGUCACGACAAGGUCCGGAUUCGCCAACGUUCUUCACCCAGUUCAUCAGCAAGUUCACCGAGAAGCAAGACGAGCUUGCGGCGUAUAAUGAUGUUCAUGUACGGAUGAUGGAGCAAGCUGGCUCGGAUAGGGUGUUAUUCAUGAACUCCAAAUCUCAGGAUCAUGUUCCUGUGAAAUUUCCCGAACUUCUGACUGUUUCUUCGCCGUACAAUGUCCCCGCCGGGCACCAAGUCAAUUUGGACGAGACCCUUGCCAAGUUCAAACGAGAAGCGAACGAAGACAACGAGCGUAAGCUUGAAGCGCUUCGGAAUAACACUAUCAAGUCAGAGCAACCCUUGGCGAAAUAGCAACCGCCUAGGAAUGCCAAUUAGAUUAGCCAUACUAUAGGCCUGCACACAAUGUGCUGUAUGUACAUAUACAAGGAAUGAUAUCAGUUUCUCAUGUUCUCAGAAACGUCACACCUGUG